AUGGCCCGUGGCGGCGGCUCCCUGUUUCUGUCCAUAAUUUUCUUCUUUCUGCCCGGGCUGUCUCACCACGCCGCUGUUGGGUACCUGCUUGGGGGUCGUACAAGGCACCUGGGAGUGAAGCGAGGGUCGCCCAUUGGUACUGUCGGGUGGUACAUGGGCGUGCGUGUACCUGCGUGUACCUUGCUCGUGCAACCAGACGUCCACGAGUAUUGCGACUUGGACAAGCAACACGACCCGCGGCUGCACGUUUCCUCGACGGCCGCCUGCAUCGCCCAAAUCUCAACAGAAAAACCACGCGCAACCAACUUCGUGUGCGACGGACCUGAGCUGCCCUCUGCAUCGAGCCGGCCUUCUGCUCAACUUCCUUUUCCCUCUUGCGCUGCCUGUAUCGUAUUCGAUCGAAACCUCGUCAUUGGCAACCGGACCCCCCCCCUCCCUGCGUCGCUCGCAGCUUUUUGCGCUCUGUCGAACUCGAACAUCGCGACCUCGUACGAAAAACUACGCCCGAACCCUCCCCCCCCCCCCCCCCUCGUCGAUUAUUCUACACCAACACCCUCAUCCUCUCGUCAACAUCGCCAUACCGCCCAUAUCCCCGUCCGCCCCGUCCAGAUUCCGUUACACAAAGAUGAAGGUGCGUCAUUGCCAACUGCGCAAGUCAUGCGCUGCCAGCUGCAAACCGCUCCCCUCCCCAACUGCCGGACCGGCGUCGCGAUGCCGCCCGGAUAUCAAUCGUGUUUGGCACGCCAGCCGCCUGCUUCCAAACUUUCCUCAGUCAAUAUCACCGCACGCGCAGACCAGAUAUACAAAACAAAACAAGAACAAAAACAAGCUCCCUUGCGACGAAGUUUCGGACAAAGAGAGAGGAAAACAAGACUAACAGCCAUGGGCUUGGUACAGGCGCUCCGUCGGUCUAUCAAGGGCGACAAGGAGAAGCAACACAGCAUCUCCAUUACCCCCAAAGCUGCUGUCGCAAUCGUUCCGCCCAAGAAGGUUAUCCGAGCUCUCUACGACUACGAGGCCCGCUCUGCCCAGGAGCUGGGCUUCUCCAAAGGCGACUUUUUCCACGUCAUCGGCCGCGAGGACGAUCCGGACUGGUACGAGGCUUGCAAUCCUGCGCUGCCCGAUGCGCGGGGCCUCGUGCCCGUGGCCUUUUUCCAGGCGCUGGGCAAGACGGAGAGGGACAGCCAGCAGUCGGACGGUGGCCGCCCACCGACUGCAAACAAGAACCCAGACCAUGACUCUGGCUAUGGCGAAGUCCACUCUCCCGGCGGCGCAUCUGCGCCUCCCGCGUCUCAGCGCAUGUCCAAGUCGGCCAGCAAGGGCGCCAUGGUUUACGGUGUUGUCAUGUACGACUUCAACGCAGAGAGAUCCGACGAGCUCGAGGCCAAGGCGGGAGAGGCCAUCAUCGUCAUUGCCCAGUCCAACCCGGAGUGGUUUGUUGCCAAGCCUAUCGGUCGACUAGGCGGCCCUGGCUUGAUCCCAGUGUCCUUUAUUGAGCUCCGUGAUAUGGGCACGGGCAAGGCCAUUGAGAAUCCCGCAGAGGCCAUCCGGAAGGCGGGCGUUCCCAAGGUCGAGGAAUGGAAAAAGAUGGCCACGGCUUACAAGAACAGCAGCAUCACCCUGGGCAAGUUUGAGGGCGGAGGACCGUCCCAGCCGCUGGAGCAGGGCAUGGAGCGUAUGAGCAUCCAAAAUGCGCCUCAGCCCCCACAAGGCGCCCUCAGUGGCCCUCCUCAGCCUGCUACCCACCCCCAGCAGCCUGAGUUUGUAUCGAGUGCGACGACGGAACUCUAUGCCCCCAUCUCUGCCCGGAUACCCCGUUACUGCUUUGCAGAGGACAAGUACUGGUUUGUUAUCGAGACGCAGCUCGAAGAUGGGCGGCACUGGGAGCUUUCCCGGUACUAUGAGGACUUUUACGAUUUCCAGAUUGCGCUUCUCACCGAGUUCCCGGCCGAGGCGGGCAACACUGGAACCCAGAAGCGAACACUCCCUUACAUGCCUGGCCCCGUGAGCUAUGUGACCGAUGCCAUCACAGAAGGAAGGCUGCAUAACCUGGAUGCAUAUGUGAAGAACCUUCUUGGCCAGCCCCCCUACAUUGCGCGUUGCACGCUUGUCAAGCAGUUCUUUGCUCCCAGGGAAGGCGAUUAUGAGAUGGACCCUGCCACGAUCGAAGAGGAAUACCGGCUAUCCCAGGGCUCUCAGGGCUCAUCCUCGGGGUCACAUGCUAACCCCGAUUCGCGACAGUCAUCGCGAAACAAUCUGAGCGGCAAUGGAUACAAUGGUCUCUCGGCCACCCCGAGACAAGUCAGCAACCCGCAAUCAAUCAUGCAAAUGCCAUCGCAGCCUCAACAGGGGCAGCCACAAGUCAUGAAGAUCAAGAUGAACUACAAUGGCGAUGUCAUUGCCAUCCGGGUUCCCACGGACAUCCAGUACCAGCAACUCUGUGACAAGGUCCGAGAUCGACUCAAGGUAUCGCCAAACGAGCAAGUCCAGCUGUUUUACAAGGAUGAGCAGACGGGAAGUAAGCCCAGCCUCACGAACGACGCCGAUCUGGAUGACGCCCUUAACCGCAACGAGAAGCUCAUGCUGUACGUUGAGGUGGUGUAA